AUGACAGCAGGGCCGGAGGCUGCUGGAACGUGCAAGGUCAGGCUGACGGAGAAGCUCAUAAGAAGCCUCAGGGUGACGCAGGUGAUCGACUGUGGGCGGACCUGCGAAGGGGGCGAGGACGCACAAACGCAGCCGCGGAGCCUCUGGCAAGUCACAAGCGCAGACUGGUCCCAGGAUGGCACGACCGUUGUGCUCGCGUUGUGCCCCAGCGCGAAGGGAGACGCGCGCUGGCCUCCCUCCACAGGCGCGGCAAAUGUCGGAAACCCGCGAGAAGGACGGAGCGACGAGCGCUGUGCGAAGCUGCUCUUCUUCAGCGCCCACACGGGAAGCUUGACGCAGAUUCGCGAAACGACGUGGCGAAACAUCGACGCUGUCCGUUUCGUUCAAGGCGGCGCGCGAAAAUGUCUCGUCGCUUGCAGCGAUAGCCGGCCUGCUGUCGUGCUGUGGUCGCUGGACGACAACGUCCUUCCCACGCACUACUCUCUCCCCGCUGCAGUCGUCCCCCACACGGGCGUGGACGUACACCCAACCGGCGAUCUGUUUCUCGCCUCCUGUCUCGACGGAACUGUGCUGCUCUUCCACCUCGACAGAGCUCAAGCUCUGGGCCAUGUCCGGGGCUCCUCGUCUUACCCCGUCUCCGCUUUCGACUGCGAGGGUCUCGUCUACGCCUGCUCUUUAGGAAACAGGAAAAUUCAUCUCUUUGGAUGCGACGACGACGCCAUCGACAAGGAACCGGCCGGUCAGUUCAGCAGCUUCGACCUCUCUCCUUUCCUCGCCCCAGGCUCGCACAUCACUUCUCUCGCCUUCGGCCCAGACGAAAAGACGCUUCUUGUAUGCAGCAACCGUGCCCAGGUGCUUCUCAUCGACGCGUUUGAUGGCAAGAAAUCGCGGGCGGCAUACUAUCUUUCUGGCAGCCUGCUGCUGUUUGAAGGCGCCGCGUGGCUCUUCGUUUCUCAGGAAAGGCGGGAAAAGGGAGGGGGGAAGAAGGCGCUGCUCAUCAGACCUCCGCGGGUCUUGGACUGGAAGUCGUGGCGAGCAGGCACGAGAGGAAACCGCCACAAAGGAAGCAAGGAUCGAGGGAGAAGAUCCGAUGCAGGUGCGUGCGGGAGGCGUCGCAGCCAGUCAGGGGAGGGUCCGUUUCGAAGUAGAGGAGGAUUCGUCAGUCUUGACCUGCCAAGGCCGAAGAAGGCGAAAGUCGCGAACGGAAAAGACUAG